CAUCAUUUGAUUUGGAACCGACGACAUCGUCGUAUGUAACCGCCGCGCGCGCGCCACCGUAAUCAUCGCCGUCGCCGUCGUCGUCGACGUCCUCUUCUACUGUCCGCCACCGCGUCCACCGCCGCCGCCGCCGCCGUCCUCUUCUCACCACUUACAAUACGACGUGUAUGAAACUAUAUUGCCGAACAUAUUAUUAUUAUUAUUAUUAUUAUUAUUAUAUCAUCAUCAGUGUUGUACCUAUUUACGGAUGUAAAAUUAUUAUUAUCUGUAUUAGACAAUUUUACGUACGGGCCGGUUUUUGCUAUUGAAGUCGACUCCCCUCGUUUUCCGCGGACGUUUUCCUCACUUGAUUUCGCUCUGGUUGGGCCACACACGUAUUGGACCUGUAGCGUCAUCAGCAGCAAAAUACUACGACAAAUAACAACUACAUUGCAAUAUACCUAACCGGUAUAUCWACCACCAAACGUUUUUCGCACAUAUCGCGUGAUUAAAGUCGCCUUGCGAUUGCAGCAGUUGCAUCGUCCGCAGUAUCGUAAAUAUAUAGUACGUCAUUGUAUCGUCGUUGAUACGCACGUGCACGCCGCCCGAUGAGAUAACGGUACGUGAUAGCACGCCGCAUCGUCAUGGACUACUCAUAUCUGAACCAAGCCAACUUCGACGGUCUGACCGGCACCACCACGGCCGCGUCCAACAUGGACCACGCGGCCAUGGGAUACGGCGACCUGACCGCGUGUGGCCAGAUGACGCACGCCGCAUAUCGGUUCGGUCCCACUGCGUCCAUGGCCGCCCGGUCGUACAAUACGGCCAUGGGCCAUCACCUGUCGGCCGCCGCGGCAGCAGCGGCCGCCGCGUCCGGCAACGGACACAACGGCACCGGCGUAACAUCUGCCGCUGCCGCCGCAGCCGCAGCAGCCGCCCGUGGACACCACCACGGACAUCACCAGGACCAUCACCCAGGGCGGCCGACCAUGUUCUCGUCCGCAAUGAACUUGCCAGGUGGGUUAGCAGCAUAUAAAAGUCUUCCGUAUACCACUCAUGACAGUAUUCUUACGGAAAAAAGAAAACAAAGGAGAAUACGGACUACUUUUACUUCAGCACAGCUGAAGGAAUUGGAAAGAGCUUUUCAGGAAACACAUUAUCCUGAUAUAUAUACCAGAGAAGAGAUCGCCAAACACAUAGAGCUUACCGAGGCCAGAGUUCAAGUGUGGUUUCAAAAUCGUCGGGCAAAAUUCCGAAAACAGGAAAGGCUGGCUCAGCAAAAAUCGUCGCAAUCCAGCAGCAGUAGCACGGUAGACGCGACUAGCAUAAAAACCGAGCCUAAACAAUGCGGUCAAUCAAAAGACGGCAAGCCUGGAACACCGUCCACACCGGGCAGCAUAUCUUCGAACAACGGUUCUUCGGAUAUGAAAUCAGUCAACGGAUCAGCAAUAAAAAUAAUUUGGUGUGGUGGGAGUUUGAGACUUUGCCACUCUGAGGUAAUACCAGAUAAACGUGAGAUGACACAUACGUCUGGAUAUGUUGAUAAAGCAUAUUUUGUAUGGUGCAUCAUAACAAAUGUGUGGUUUCAAAAUCGUCGGGCAAAAUUCCGAAAACAGGAAAGGCUGGCUCAGCAAAAAUCGUCGCAAUCCAGCAGCAGUAGCACGGUAGACGCGACUAGCAUAAAAACCGAGCCUAAACAAUGCGGUCAAUCAAAAGACGGCAAGCCUGGAACACCGUCCACACCGGGCAGCAUAUCUUCGAACAACGGUUCUUCGGAUAUGAAAUCAGUCAACGGAUCAGCGAUAAAAAUGUCGGAGCAGUCGGAAGGGGUGAACAACAACAAAUGGCUGUUGGGCCAGGGCCAGAAUUACACGCAGCUCCAUCACCAGCUUCAGCAACAGUGCGGUGGAGGCACUGGCGGCGGUGGYGGUGGAGGCGGUGGCGGUGGUGGAGGAGGCGGAAACGGUUCACCGGGAAACAAUUCGCCGGCUCACAAGAUGAACGGUGGCGGUGGCGGCACACACAAUCACAAUCACCACCAUCACCACCACUCACCGACGUCGCAUCACCAACAAUUCGCACACCACCCGUUCAGCCUGUUGGGCGCUGCUGGUCCGGCCGGCUACCUGCUCGGUUCCGACUCGCUCAAGGUUACCGGCGGCGGUGCAGGCGGUGGACCAGCCGGAUCCAAUCACGUUUUGUUCUGAACUGCGCUACAUUGAACCGCGGGCAAACUUGGUUACUACAAUUACAAUAAUAUUAGGUAUAAUAUUAUUAARCCAUAACAAUAAAAAAUAGAUACAAAAGCAUUAGUAUACACURAAAMUUCAGAACACUUCUCCGCCACAAUAGCGGUGCCCACAYAUACACAUGACGUACGAUUAUCAACAAUCGCAUUUCACCAUUUUGUACAUAAUAAUAUUAUUAUAAAUCAUAUAAUAUGCGAAAAUCAUUUAUAUAUUGUAUACAGUGUUGUUAAUAGAUAAUGUAAGCAAAGUAUUGUCUUACGCGUUGGGAAGAUUUAUACCAUAAAUUUUAUUUUAUUGUAAACUUUUAUUUUUAUCUUUUUAAUUUAUAUUUUGUUUUCCUCUCAUCGAAUAUGAUAAUUUUUCAAGUAAGUGUUAAUAGUAUAUGAUAUGUUGAGAUUCAUUAUAGGUAAUUAUAUCCCUAUAAAUAAUAUAUAAUAGCAGGAAAGAGUAUAGGCGCAUACAACAUCAAAAACCGUCAUAAGUCAUCGCGUGAUGUUAUUAUACAAUUGUAUAGCUUUUUUUUUCAAAUUAGAACCGACAACAGAGGAGGAUCUGUUUGCACAAUACUACUCCUCUGCUGCCAACAGUUGUAUAGCUUAUAAGUUUAUGCUAUACUAUCGUAUCCGUCGCUGUAGUGGGCGAUGUCCGAGAUGUUGCCCGGAAGUGGAUCUAUGAACGGUUGUCUUGUAGCCCACCCAUCCAUUUCGAAUAUCUUUGUGUUGCUGAAGAGAGGUGAUGGUCGUCGGUUUUGACAGAAAUCGCGCGCACRAUAAUAUCCGAAAAUAUUAACACCCUCCAUAGUCCAUCGCAUACUUUCACACGUGUCCAUAUUUAUUAAUUUAUUAUGGUUUGUUUGUAGCCCGACAGUUUUCGGUCGGUAUUGUGCAACGCGACAACCAUUUAUACUAUAUGUGUGUGUAUCUAUGUAUUAUAGAUAUAUAUAGGUAUAUAAUAUAUUAUAUGGACACGGGGCGGGUACCUUACGGCCAACCCCAAAAAGUAUAUAUAAACACGCCCCUCGAAUUUCCUGUUAUGUUUAAGUGUAGGAGAAAACGACGCACAUCAAAGUGCACUUCGAUGGUCGAUAAUACUACACCACC